CGCCCCCUCCGCCAUGGGCACCUCGCACUUCUAAGGCGCCGCCCCGGGGGGGGGCAGCGGGAAUUCAUUAAAAAUCGCUAUUUACGUGGUUAUUCAUUGCCCCGCUCCGGGUAUGUGAACAACCACCCCCCUGCCCCCCCCGCCUCCCCUUCCAUCCACCCCCAGCGCCAUGCCGGCAGCCUGCACCCUGCUGCUGCUGCUGGGCUUGGGGCUGGUCCCGGUCCCACCAGCCGGGUCGCUGCCCCUCGCUUCCCCACGGCGUCUUCCUCCUCCUCCUCCUCCUCCUCCGUCCCGAAACCGUCUCGGCCGCCCUUGCUCGCCUCCCGCCGCGGGACAAGCCGACAGCCCGGUCAUUGAAAGCAGCUAUCCGGAGGGAAGAAGUUCAGACACAGGGAUAAGGAAUCCUGGUGCUCCGGUGGACAGUGUGGAGCUGGUGACGAUGCUGGCUGGGAGCAGGGAGUGGGCAUCACUUCCUGCCAGGCACAGAGCGGUGCCAGUGGGGAGCAAGGUCAUGGGGCACAUUGGUCCUCUGGCUGGCAAUGGGGAUGUCACCCCACUGGGAGCAGGACCCCCAGACAACCUGUCUGCUGGGACAGCAACCCACCUGCCCACUCACAGCCAUCCUCCUGAUGCUGGAAGCCAUCACCAUGCUGUAGGCAGCCAGGAGAGAGGCAAGAGGGCUCUGGCUUUUCCCAACAGCCCUGCAACUGCUGAAAGGACACCACCAGGCUUGGAAACCAUCAGCACUGAUUCGGCUGAGGGGACACAGGGUGGGCACCGUGGGGUCUGGAACAUGCUGGGGUUUAACAACAUGAUGAGAACAGUGCUGGUACUUUCAUCUUCAGAAUCUCAUCACCCGGGCACUGACAGCCCCUCUCGACUGGCGAGCAGCUGGGUGGGCACAGAACUGUCCAGCAGCUCCCCUGUGGACACUGCAGCCACUUCACCCAGCCCCUCUGGGAGCAGUGGGGGAACCAGCCCUGGCACUGCCCUCCGUGGCUCCCUGAGACAGUCCCAGUCCUCCCUCCGAGCUUCAAGUACCCAGACUGGUGCAGACCAGGUCAUGCUACACCUCAGGGGUGUCACAGGGAACUCCACAAGCCCUUUGCUCACAGCAUCGCCUGCCACUGACAGCGCUUUCAGAGCUGUUGGGAGCAGCACCAGGGCUGCAGGAAAGAAGAGAUCCGGUAUCCAAAGGACAGCACCUGGCUUCACAGCUCAGCCCCUGGCCUCUGUGCCCUCCUCAGUGGCCCUGGCACAGGGACGGUUCCCUGGGCCUUCCACGGAGCACCAGCUUGCCCCUUCUCGCCCAGCUUUGGAAAGCACUGCCACAGCCAUUGGAAGCAGCUACCAGCCAUCCAGCAACUCAGCCACGGAGAGGAGAGCUUCAGAUUUCCCCGCCACCAGUACCUCCAUUUCCACAACAGCCACCAAGGGUGGAGGGAGGACGUUAAGGUCUCUGCCAGUCAGCACUGGGCUGGUCAGUGUAGCAGAGAUUUCCACCUCUGGCACUGAAAUCAUCAGCUCUUCAGCCCAGACCCCUGGGAUGUCUAUGGGUGCCCAGGAUGGUGAUGGCAGAGGUGUCACAGACCCCUUGCUCACAGGCUUGCCACCUGCUUCACGAAGCACUUCCACAACCUUUAGCAGCAGUUACAAACCCAAGAGUGUCUCAGCUGCAGAAGAGGUGACGCUGCACUCAGGCACACAUGGUGCUGAUGUGCCCAGUGUGGCAGUGGGGACUGCAAAUGGCCACACAGCUGGGCUGACAAGAGGCUCUGCCACCAGCACCGGCCCCACAAGCUCUUUGGGGGUGACCUCCUCCUCCUUAGGGACUGGGACACAUCGUCCCAACAGCUCACGGGAAGCUACUGAUCUCCCAGCCCCUCCCGGGGAUCCUUUGCUCACAGGCUCUGUCUCUGCCUCCGAAAGUACGUCCAGAGGUGUCAGAAGCAGCCAACGACCAGUUAACAGCUCAGUGGCAGAGAAAAACCCACUCCCUUCCUCACCCACCAGCGAUUCCAUUUCAGCCACGGGCAGCAGCAGGGGUGGGAGGACCCCGAGGUCUGCCACAGGCAGCAGCCGGUGGGCAGCAGAAGUCUCCACAUCCAGCAGUGGCACAUACAGGGCCUUGGGCACAAUCCGAUCCUUGUCCACAUCUCCUGUGAGAGAGACCUACAGAGUUCACGGGUCCAUACAAAUGACGGAUUUCACCGAGCGGGUGGCAGACUCUUCCCUAACACACUCUCACUCUCCUUCGGAAGACCCUUCCCCAGUUCCUGGAAGCAGCCGUGUGUCAUUCAGCAUCCUGUCAACAGAGAGAACCAAUUUCCCCACCACUGGCACCUCCAUUUCCAUAACAGGCACCAAGAGUGGAGGGAGGACGUUAAGGUCUCUGCCAGCCAGCACAAGGCUGGCACAAACGACAGAGAUGUCCACCACUGGUACCGAAAACAUCAGCUCUGCAGGCCAUUCCCAGUCUUCUUUGGGAACCUCGGGUGGUGGAGACAGAGGUGCCACCGUGACGUCCACGAAUCCAUUGCUCACAGGCUCACCAUCUGCUUCGGAAAGUGCUUCCCCAGCAGAAGGGACCUCAGCAAUGGGAGGACACCUGCCUCUCAUCAGUACACCCAGUGCAGGGAUAAUCACCACUGGUGAGGAGAGGAGCACUGUACCCGUGUUGGACACCCAUGGAGCAUCCAGUGCAGCAGGGAGUUCUGCUCCCACUCCACCCCGCACCAGCACCUUGGACGUGGUCCUUCUGCUGUCCUCAUCAGUAGAAGAGCCUGGGAAGCAGAGUGACGUUUCACAGGGGGAUGCUGGACUCAGUGAGCUUCCAACAAAGCUGCUGCCUGCAUUUUCUCCCAGCAUCUCAGUGCCUUCUCCUUCACCAAGUGCUUCAGGGAGAGGCAGAAGAGUUUCUGGUGUUCCUACUGAGACCACGUACAUCUCGACCACACUCUCCAGCCACAGGGAGGGGACAUCUCAAGCUGCAGCUAGCCACAGCAUGUGGAGCACAGAGGCAGAAAGCCUCACACCUCACCUGGACACAGCUGGGGGGACCCGCAUUGGCCCCCUCCCAUCCUCCACAGCUUGGCCUGGGAUGAGACACAUGCCAUCUGGCCAAGCAGGGUACCCAGAGCCCAAGGUCACUGUUUCAUCCAGGGUCUUCACCUACUUCUCAACUGCUGGUGAACCUUCCACCGUUAGCAGCAGCCAUCACUCCCUAAGCAGCUCAAGUGCUGAGGAAAGGGUGUCCAACCCUGUCACUGAUCUUGUGUACAGUUCAUCCACAUCUGCUGGUGGUGAAGAGAGGAUACUGCACUCAACAAUGCAUGGCACUUUGGCUAGUGGCAUGGAGGGAUCUUCUUCCUAUGCCAAAGCUGCCAGCUCUCCAGGGCCAGCUAAGCCAACAUCAGUGGAACGUGGUGGGACAGCCAACACCUCUACCAACAGUAGGGGCUUCACAGACCUUGCAACAGAGACUGUCUUUGUACAUUCUUCCAAGAUACCCACUUACUCUUCUUUCCAAAAUGAUCUCACAAACUUUUCAGGUAGCCAUCAGCCAGUCAGUAGCAUUGAUGCCACUGAGAAAAGGACCUCUGUUUCUCAUACGGAUGGCACAUACAUUUCAACCACAUAUACCAGAGGAGGAGAAAGGACACUCCUGUCUAUCUCCAACAACAGCACCUCUGCUGACUCGUCAGAAAGUUCCACCUUUUUUUCUGAAAUUUCCAGCCCUUCUGAUGCAUCAAAAUCUUCUGUGUCUCAGGACAGGUGGACCAAUGCAUCGAGUGAUAGCAGUUUUGUUGAACCAUCUACAGAGCCACUACUGGUAUACUCUUCCAAACUGUCAACUUCUGCUUCUACAGGCAGCGUAGAAAAUACAACUGUCUUCAACACUGACUCUGAUUUGUUGGUCACUAACAGAUCAUCUCUAUCUUCAUCAGCAUUUCCAGUGUCUUCCUCACAGUCAUCACUGCAUCACUCGCUGUCACCAACACCACCACCAAGUCAUCUGUUCACACCGUCAGAAUCACGUGAGCCACACUUGUCCUCUGUGAUGGCAUCUUCACCCCCUCUGCAGGCUUUGUCAUCCUCCUUGCCCACUUCCUCAUUGCUCUCCCCAUCUUAUUCAUUAGCAUCUUUAUUGCCUCUGUUUUCAUCAUCCUCACCCAUCUCGCAGUCCAAUGACAAUGAUCAAGCAAGCAUCACUGUAGCUACAACGGUGGUCAGGCAGGUGCCCUCCACAGCUGCCAUGGCUGGGAGCUCACCCAGAGAGACCAACAAGCACAGUGUCACACACCAGCCCCAAAACAGUACCACCUUCAACUCCACCGUGUCUCCUCUCCCUACGGCACCUAUGGAGCUGGUUGGUGGACACACUGUGUCCACUCCUGUCAUAGUAACAGAGACUGCCUUGCCACGAGCUGCCACCACCCAGGAGGGCAGCUCUGAGAAGGCAACACCACUGCUCACCACGGCCAGUCUUGCUCCACGGGCUGGUCCAACAGAUGUACCCCUUAGUCCCUCACCAAGUGCAACAAACCACAGCAACAUUGUCCCUGCAGUGGCACUGACCACGGUCAAACCUCCUGUGCUGACAACACUGGCCAGUCACCGGUCAACCCCAGGUGAAGCUACCACCACAAAGGACCACAGAGCUCAAACACCCAGUGCUACUAAGCACAUGUAUACCACUGGUGAAAGCACAGAAGCUGUGGAUCCCACCACUGCAAAGCCUGGUAAAGUCACCGAGGAAAACAUCCCUGUUACAAGUCCUUCUGAAGCCCCUCCAACCAUCAAGACCACUGUGAGAAUUGCAACUACUUUGGCUGCUACCAAACCAACCACUGUUCCUCCAUCCAGUAGCACGGUGGGGCUGAAGACGUCAUCUCCAGCGACAGAUGUGGAUAAAUGUCUUUCCAAUCCUUGUCCUGCGCUGGCCACCUGCAACAACACCCAUGGCUCCUAUAUCUGUCAGUGUCCUCUUGGAUAUGAAAUGGAAAAAGGAAAGUGCAAUUUAGUGAGAAUAUUUAUUGGCCAGGUCCCCCUGAAACCUAAUAUCACCCAUGGGAAGUAUGCAGAGCUCUUCCACGUUGAGAGGGAGAUCCUGGCCAUGCUCAAUGCAUCACUGUCAGGCUUGCCGGGGUACCACCACUCCACUGUUAAGGCAAGCAGGGAGGCAAAUAUUGUGCAUGUUUCAGUGCAAUCCACGUUCUCUUUAGCAUCCAAUGUGACUUUCUACGAUGUUAUCAGCAGUGUGAAAAGCUACAUUCGAGCUUGCAAAUCCCCCACCGAAGCCUGCCAAUUCAUCUCCAACCUGAAACCAUUCCACAGAGUUGGCAGCUUGUGCGGACAGAAAGACCCUGAAUGUGACAAGGAAACUUCGGAAUGCACUGACUUCGACGGAGUUGCACUCUGCCGGUGCAAAAGUGGAUACUUCAAAUACAACAAGAUGGACCACUCCUGCAGAGCCUGUGAAGAUGGAUAUAAGCUGGAAAAUGAGACCUGUGUGAGCUGCCCAUUUGGCUUAGGUGGAUUCAACUGUGGAAACCCGUAUCAGCUCAUCACCGUGGUGAUUGCGGCUGCAGGAGGGGGACUUCUGCUUAUCAUGGGCAUAGCACUGAUCGUCACCUGCUGCCGGAAGAAUAAAAAUGACAUAAGUAAACUGAUUUUCAAGAGUGGGGAUUUCCAGAUGUCACCUUAUGCUGAAUAUCCGAAGAAUCCCCGGGCACAGGAGUGGGGCAGAGAGACCAUCGAGAUGCAGGAGAAUGGAAGCACCAAGAACCUGUUGCAGAUGACAGAUGUGUAUUAUUCGCCAACUGGACUGAGAAAUCCUGAACUGGAAAGAAACGGACUUUAUCCUCCCUACACUGGUUUGCCUGGAUCUCGACAUUCAUGCAUCUACCCUGGACAAUACAAUCCAUCCUUCAUUAGUGAUGAAACCAGAAGAAGAGACUAUUUUUAGCAGAGAGUGGAGAGGGAGUGGAAGAUGGACACAGUUUUGUGGCCCUUGUUCCCCAGGUACAAUCUGUCUCCUGGAUAAUUCAGGCCACAUCGAUCUUACUCUUCCCAUUUAACAGGAAGGACUUUGAACUUCAUGCCGAGCAUUGCUGCCCUGAGGUAUUGUUACACUUGCUGAGCAGCAGAGAGAAGGAGGAGGAAGAGGAGGGAAUGGCUCAAGGUGCACAUCCCUAAAAGACCCAGAUGGAAGCUAACACAUGUACUCCAUAUUCGUCCUAUGCUGCAUCUUCACUCUUUGAGCUACACGGCAAGCAUGGAUCAGUAUGGGCAGAUGAACUGUGCCCAGCACUCUGCAUUGAAUACCACUAGGGAGUGUUUUGUUUACAGAUCUCGUUCACUGUUGACUGUGCUUGCCUUCUUAGCCAGCCUUCAUGCAAAGAUUCACUGUGCAACUGUGUUUGGUAGGGCAAGUUUGUCCACUCCCUUUUACAUUGCUGCAUUGCUAUCUGCUUUGUGCACAACAGGGAAGCUGGCUCAACUUUUGGCCCUCACCUUUUUACCGGUAGAAGCUCUCCAGGUGGCUGGGUCCUUGCUGAAGCCCAGUGUCUGGCAAUAUUGGCUGAAUUCAUGGGUUGAUUGUCUCCAAGGAGUGUGGGAAGGUUAGUCAUACCACUGCAAUUUUGACUGAAAAAAGACAUUUGUUCCUAUGUACUGCUUUGAAAAUCUUCUAUAUAUAGGGAAGAGUCCAAGUAUAUUGUUGUUUUGUCAACCAAUGUUGUUCAGAAGUGAUGCCACUGCACAUCAUCACGGCACUUCCGUAUAGGAUCCUUUGGGGUUCUGUAUCCCUGCAGGGAUUUAAAUGCCUGUAGAAACAGCAAUAUAAUAUUGAAUAAUUGCUCACAGGGAAGAAAAAGAUGACCUGUGCAUUCAGCAUGCUCUUUAGGAGGAAUCUGUGAAAGAUCAGUAAUGCUGCAGCCUUGGCUGGCAGAUGAACCUGAAUUCUGGGCACUGAAGAUGAAACAUUGCAUUUUAUAAUCUCCACAGUCCACCUUGCCUUCUGUAGGAGCUGUGGAGGCUUUCAGGACAUUGGAAAAUAAGACUCACUGCAGGCAGUUGCAUUUAACAGAGAAAAAACAUGAUGCUUGCACUCCUAGAAUAGCUAAGAUCACUUAUGUUGAAGUGUUUUUCUUUCUUACAUCCUAGUUUCGAGUGACUCAGACCAGGCAGGUUUACUCACCCAGGUAUGUUAAGUCAUAUUAGCAAAAGUCUGAACAGACAUCAGACUGAAAGCUCAUGGAGUGUAUUCUGACCUGAACUGUGUACUUAGAGAGAUCUUACUAACCCUAGAAUAGCUUGGGUUGUAAGGGACCAGGUUGCUCAAAGCCCCACCCAGGCAGGCCUUGAACACUUGCAGGGACAGGGUAACUUCUCUGGGCAACCUGUUCCAGUACCUCACCACUCCCAUAGUGGAGAAUUUCUUCCUUAUGUCUAAUGUAAAUCUACCUUCUUCAAUUUAAAAUCAUUCCCCCUUGUCCUAUCACUACAUAUUCCUGUGAAAAGUCCCUCUGACUUUCCUAUAGCCCUCCUUUAGGUACUGGAAGGCUACUCUGAAAGCUUUCUCUUUCCGUCUCUCUCCAGAGCUUUCUCUUAUCCAGACUGAACAGCCCCGACUCUCUCAGACUGUCUUUGUAGGAGAGGGGCUUCAGCCCUCUGAGCAUCUUCAUGGCCUCCUCUGGACUCACUCGUUCUUAUGUUUCAGCCCCUCAGAGCUGAAAGGAGCACUCCAGGUGGGGUCUCACAAGAGCAGAGGGAGAGAAUCACCUCCCUUGACCUGCUGCCCACACUGCUUUUGUUCCAGCCCAGGACACAACUUCUGGGCUGUGAGCACACAUUGCUGGGUCACACUGAAUUUCUCAUCAACCAACACCCCAAGCCCUUCUCCUCAGGGCUGCUUUCAGUCCAUUCUCCGCAUCUGUGCUUGGGAUUGCCCCGACCCACAUGCAGGAAAUAUAAUGAAGUGUAUUUACCGCUUAUCUUUACUGCACUGUUAAUCUGAGUGAUCCAAAUCCUGUCCAGAUACAGGGUCCAGAUACAUUCAGUCCUUCUCUUGAAUGUGACUAUGCUUUUAAUUCAAGGUGGCUGCUUGUAUGAGGAUAACAAAUUGCACAGUUCCUUAGCCAUUAGCCCACCAUCUCUGUAGUGUGUACAUAAGCUGAUAUUCCCUUCUCCCCCACCAUGCUUUAAGAGACACAGUGCCUACAAUUAAGUCUGUAAGAUAGCUCAGCUCACUGAAGCACUAAGGAUCACAGGAUGUGUCCCCCAAAGUGCCUAACCCCAAGUAAGAGCAGCAGUUCAGAUGCUCAUGUGUUGUGUGGUCACUCACUGGAGGCAAACCUGGGGUGAUGAGGAGCUUUCUGUCAGGGAGCAGGUACGUGCAUCCUACAGAUGGUGUGAGUUCCCAGAUCCUUUCCCAGCACUUCAAAGGCUGUUGUGUUCCCUAUCAAAAGUGAGUACCAGGUACUCAGAGGAAGGGGAGAUAGCACCAGUCAGUUAUUAGCUGUGUUGGCUGAGAGGUUUCUGGUCCCUGCUCAAGUUGCUUUUGUUUUCUCAAAACUGCAAGACAGGAAAGGCACCACAAGUGUGCUUGAGAAGACACAGUUUGGUGCACCAACCAUAGCACACAAAUGCAGUCUUUUAAUGCCUUUUAUCUACUAUGUAGAAACAGCAGUGUGGGCUUUCAGAAAAGCAGAGCUGCCUAGGGCAGUAUCCUUUGCACUUACAUGAACUUAUGGUGACAAUGCAUGCAACUUCAAGCCUGUCUGAUCCAUAAUCAGCCUUGCAGCUGGUAGUACACAGCUUAUCUGAAAUGUAGGAAGGAAAGGAAUGGAUGCUUAUGGGAAGUAUUGCUGCCCAGGGAGCUAUAUUUGAGGAAAGCUUUAAUUACAGUAUCCAAAAUAAUGUAACAGGUAAAGCACAGGAACUAGCUGUUCCCUGCCACAUUUAUCAGUGUUUCCAGUCCAUGAAUGAUGUUCUUGUCCCUUUCUUUAGCAGCUGAUCUCUUAAUUGCACAGGAUCCAUUGGCUGAUGAGAACUAAGGACUUGACUCUGCUGUGCUGUGGGAUCCUUCAAAGAGAAGGUUGGCAGGGUAAUUUCUGUGUGGGGGAGUUGCCUCUGUUUUUGAGAGUGCCCAGGACAGAAAGGACUGCCUUUCCCAUGGUAUGGAGGAGGGUUUUGUCUCUGUUAAAAAAGAAAAGGGGAAGCUGGGAAUCAUGCUAAAUCUAAAUCCAAAGCAUAUAGAUGAGCACUGGACUUUGCCCCUGUUUACUAAAGCAGCUUGUCAAAAAGGAAGUGUGUCCCAGCAAUGAUGGGAAUCCUAUGAUUUGACCACAUGCCAGCAAUUCCUCAGAUUGGGAAGCAGUUAGGCAAAUGCUAAGAGGAAAGGAUAUUUAAUUGCUUGAUUAGUUCAAAGGCUGGGUCAUGCACUCGUGUGUGUCAAGUUCAAAGUAGGAAAUACCAAUUUACAGUUGCAGAUCAGUCCUUCUAUGCAAAGAGUAACAUGGAGUCUGUGAACAAAACUCCUGGUCUGUAUCUCACAGGACAUUGUAAAUUGCAAGGGAUUUGAGUGAAAUUGAGAUAGGACUAUAUCCAACUGAGAGCACACAAAAGUUUGUAAGUAAUUAAUUUUAAUUUCUUAAUGAUCUUCAAAUUCUUCUUAAAGCCUCAUCUGAGGAGAAGGGAUCUCAGUAAAUGCAGCAGGAUUUUCUGAGUGAGGACUACAAAACUUGGUCCCAAAGUAGAGAAUGUUAUUGCACUGAAAUUUUCUCUCUGCCAAAGAAGGUAAACAUUGGGGCAUUUCUUAUGAGGAGUUAUCCAUUUCAGCCUGACCUUCUGUUUAACUUUGUUAAGAAAGGAAUCACAGAGCCAAUGCGUCAUCCGCAGGGGAGGGAAAGGGUCUCUCCUGAUCUGCCACACCUUCUCUGGGUGUCCUAUGAGGUCCUGCUCAGCAGGCAAGAGAGAGUUUAGGCAGGAGGAGCCAGCACCAAGAUGAGUGCAGGUGCUUUCCCACAAAGUGAUCCAGGAAGUUUUUGUGAAGGUGACAGAUGCAGCCUGGGGUGAUUCAGCCUCUGGGUCUCUACCAGCCCAGCUGCAACCUGUGCUGUGGUGCUUCUGUCUUCAGCCAAGUGCCACUCACUCCCAGCUCUGCUGGGACAGAAGGAGUAUGUGCAGGGCCCUGUGUUUUGUCACAGUUUAUAGUGGUUAUUUUACUGCAGUUGUUUACUGCGACACCCCAGCGUGGACUCACUCAGCCACAGCAGGGAUGUGACCUGUUUCAGUGCAACUUGCCCCUGUUUAAAGCUGCCAUUGGGAUCCUCUCUGCCUGUCUGCCAUAGACUAAGCAGCCUCUGGCAGUGGAGUAGGACUUGUUGCUCCUGUUGGGUAUAAGAAGGGUGUCUAUGUGUCAUCAAGUCCACUUUCAAAUAUGGGUCCUUCUCUAUUCACUACCUAACUCCCCAUAGGAUGUCUAAAUAAAUGCAGCUCAUUUCUCAGACUGUUUAGAUUACUGGCUACACCAAAUUGCAAAUUUUGAGCACACUGGGUGGUUUUGCCAAGGGGAAUUGCUCUCCACUAUCCAAGAGGAUAAGAGUGAACUGGCAUGUUUUUUGUAAGGAGGAUGCAAGUGGUUCAGCCAGAUGAGGGGAAAGGAAGAAAAACUACACCAGCACUGCACAUAAAUCUGCUAUUGCUCUUGUCUGCUGUGGAAAGCUAGGGGAGCAGUCAGCAAGGGCCCAUGGGCAGUUGUGGGGGUGUAUUUUUAAUUAAUUUUGGAAAAAAUGCUAGCUCUGUUGCUUGAUAGGAAAAGUUGUGACAGGCAUGCAUUUGCUGCUACAGUGCUCUGCCAAUUGUACUGACAAAAGCCCCUCGCCCAUAGAAAUACCCCUGGCAGUCAGCAUAGGAGAGGCAGUUGCAGUGAACAGAUCAGCAAAAUGCAUAUUUGAGGGAUCAUUCAAAAGGCAGUUCUAACACACAGCCUUCCUGUGUCCUUCCCAUGCACCGCUGCUUUUCCCUGGCCAGCCCUCCAACCUGCACUGGGAAAAUCAGGAUCUCUUUUCAUGCUGUUGAAACCUCACAGCACUGAAUUGGGCUAUCUGUGAUAAAAACAGGACACAUGUAUGCCCUUUUACCUCCACAUUUAAAGCAUUAGGUUUCACAGCAGCAAUGAAUCUCACUGCUAUUACAGCACUUCUUGUAAGUCCUACUGUCAUAGUAGUCACUGAGUCACCUCUCGUGAAUCAGUAUCUGCCUCCAAACUGAGUGAUAGUAAAAGGAUUUUUAAAAUAGCAAUAAAUUACCGUUAGAGAGAGGUGUUGGUCAUUGUGAAAUUGUUUGUGCCAAUACUUGUAAAGGUUAUUUGCUGGGACCUCAGUGAGCCCUAAAGUGAGUUUGGACAUUGCUGCAGAUACACCAAGUGCUGAGACUUGUCCCUGAUGCUGGUCAAUGGCCCUAUCCAUUCCAAGUCCAGCUGAACUUUUCAUUCCCCCAUAGUAAUCUUUAAUCUUCAGUUUUCACCCUUAAAUUAACAAGAACAGAUGCAUUUUAGUUAAAUGCUCUUCCUAUGCCGACUAAUGUUUUUUCUUCUUUACACGCAAAGGAUAUAAUCCAGCAUCCAUGAUAAUGACUGGGGUAACUCUCCCAUGGACUGUAUUAAAGUUUUUUUUUAGUCCUGAAUUAUUCCACCACCAGAGUCACCUGGGUGCCUAUUUUUGUAAUACUGUUGCUGCCUUUCCAUGUUGUAUCUAUUUUUUUUUAAAGUAUACUUACUGCUGUAGCAAGACCUGUAUUAUGUGAGAUUGAACAAAACGGGUUAAAGAUCUGAAACACCUUCCCAAGAAGAAAGUGAGUGUGAAUUCUGUGUAUUUGUUUUACUGGUCAGCCAACCUGUUCCCUAUCAUGUAAGAUCUUCUAGGGAUGUAGAGAUGUUUCCUGCAGUCACACGUAACAACUACUCUUCAGUUCACUCUUACUUGUCUCUUUAGAAAUGAAGCAAGAUCUCCUAGUUUCAGAAGGGGUAUGUGCUAUGUGCUCAUAAGAGUUUGGGACCUUUUCAAUGUGUAUCUAAUUGUUCAUUCCCUUGAAUUGCUGAAAUUCAAAAGCAGGAGAGAUAUUCAUGAAGGGGUAAGAAAUAAAUAAAAAAAAGGAAUACACCUGAUUUACAGAAAUGUGGCAUCAGUACUGUGAGGUGUGGGAUGACACCUCUUCUGCGUCUAGUCUGUAUUGCAUGUGCAUAAUAUCCUUGUUGAGGGAACACCUAGAGACAGGGGCUGAUGUUUCUCAAAAGUGGUAUGUAAAUGCUAAGUCUUUAUUCUGGUAAAAUGCUAGAAGGAAUGGGAGGCUUGCUUGGCUUAAUGACUGCAGCAGGCAGCCCCCAGGUCUGCAAAAUCCUAUAUGGAAAAGUCCUGUGGAAUACAGUAAACACUUAUCACUGAUCACUUCUCUUGUGCAGUGCCCUAGAAUUCACCUGACAAAAAAGGUCUCCAAUAAAAUCUCCUAGGAUGGGUUUACUAUAAAAAACAAAACAACGGAAUAAAUACUUACUAGUUUUAAAGGAAAUUCUGUUUAACUCAGUCAUUUGCUUUAAACCCUGUUAAAUUCUGCAGGACCUUCUCCUAUCAGAAGAUCAAACUUGUGUAAAAGCAUAAUGGUUUGUUUGAGCAGCUUUCAGAAUUGCAGUAGUAAAGCUCAGCUUUUGUCACCUCUGUUUCAAAAGGUAAAUUUUCAGCAUUUGUUUGUUCUUCUGAAUGUAAACCUGCUUUAUGUUCUUGACAUUGCUCCAUUUCCUUCCCUUUAUCUCUGAAUGUUUGCUUCCAAGUCGCUGGAGUUCUGAGGAUGUUUUCCAAACCAGUAUUAUUUAAAGUUGUAUCAUAUUUUCAGCCGCCACUAAUUAUACAGUACUGUAGUAGCAAAAUAUAAUUUUUAAGGAUUGGAUUAUUUUUAUACCUGCAUCCAAUAUUAUUAAAUCUGGCGUUCUAGUCAGUGAUAUAAAAGGAUACAAUAAAACAAUGAAUAUUA